AUGGCUCCAAUCAACGGAUUCCACAAGGAGAAUGCCGAUUCGAUUCGUCUUCGUGAAUCGUUCCGUGAUGAGGUGUCCAAAAGAAUGGGUGAAUUGUUGCUGAAAGGACAAACCAUGCUUGAUGAGUACUGCCCGACAUGCAGUGGAAUUCUGAUGGAAGAUCGUACAGGAGUGCGCCGCUGUGUAACUUGUGAGCUAUUCCAAGAGAAAACGGCUUCCUUGAUUGUAGCGGAGAUUCCAUUGCAAGAAGAAGAUCUGGAAGAAGCAGUCAAUGAACCGCCAGUCCAACAUUCAGUUCCUGUGGAGAAGACAGUCCCAAGGAAAGUGGUUGUUCCGAAGCCAGCUCCUUCUGCUCCUGUUGCUAAAAAAUCGAAAAAAGUCACAAGUUCCACGAAAGAAUGUAACCAAUCCGAAGCAAUCGAGGCUGCUAGAAAUGCGGUGAUUCGUAAACUCGAAUGGGCAACAUCUAAAUUGGAUUCUGCUGAAGACGUGGAUAGUGUCUCCGAUUUUCUAUCUCUUAUUCAGAAGUCUGCCGAAACCUUGCAAUCUCUUCAAAUCUAA